AUGCAAUCCAUAAUAAAAUCCUCUAUAAAAAAUAAUCCCAUCACAGGGAAUACUGUUUGUAAAAUUAACAAUAGAGGCAAAAGAACCUUCACUACACAUGAUCAUAUUCAAAGUUCAUGCAUUGUUAAGGGUACUCCUUUGAAUAAAACUCCUAACCGACACAAAAUCCCAGAUCAUUCAAAUGAACAUUUCUACCCCUAAAAUAAUUCAUCUUCAAAUAUAAAUUUGAGAAAGAGCUUAAGUACAUUUCAACCGAAGGAAAAUAUGAAGGAUCCUCUUAGUAGAAAGAUUUCUGAUAUUUAUGGAUAGGAAAUAAAAAUUACACGCUCCCCAAUAAAAUAGUAAUAGCAAUCAGAAACAAUAUCCCCCUAGAAAAGAAGAAUAUUGGAUAAUAAGAGUUCACACGUUGAUUAAAAUGAUGUUUAUGAAGUGAAUCUCAAUUAUAAUAAGGAAAAAUCACUGCCAUCAGAUGUCGAUUGGUUCUACGUUGAUACAAUCAAACAUAGACAUGAUUAUAGAAUUGAGUAACCAAAUCCUAAUCGUUCCUCAUAUAAAGAUCAAAGAAGCGUACUAGAUUUACAUAAUAAUAACAUUCCAAAAAACAAUUAUUACUAAAAGCAGAAUGAAAAGUUGUCUAAAAAAUAAGAAGUCGCACUCCAAUAUACCUAUCUGAGAGCAGUUAAACGAUCAGAGUUGGUCAUUAAGAAAAAAUGA